AUGCGCGACAUCGAGAUGGACUGGGACAAGCCGCCGUCGCUCAACAGCAGCUCGAUCUUCGAGUCGACGGCGUGGCCGCUGACGCUGACGUGCGCGACGACCGAGUUCAAGCGGCGGAUCGAGGUGGCGUGGCCGUACGGGCUAACGAGGUACCAGCCCAAUAUGACGGUCUACUACAAGUCGUUUGAGGAGCGCAGCGUGGCCAACACGGGCGACGACGACAUGGAGAUGACGUCGGAGCACUCGACGACCAGCAUCGACAGCACGACGGGCGGGUGGCAGGUCGGGGCGCAGCUGGCGGGCGGGAGUGAGGGCGUGUCCAUCGGCAUCUCGGCCGCCUACUCGCGGUCGUGGACGACGGGCACGUACAAGACGGAUGCGGUGACGAUCCGCACGUCGUGCAAGUCGGGCUACGAAUGCCGCAUCGAGACGUGGACGUUCCACCUGUCGGUGGUGGGCAACUGCCGCGUCAAACCGCUGAUUGUGUGCGGCGGGAGCGAGCUGAACGUGUGCCGCAUCGACCUGUCGCGCUUCCCCAAGCAGUACAGCGACUACCAGGCGCGCUCGUGCCCCCUGGGCAGCCGGGGGUUACGGCCGUACCGGCACGAGGCGUGCAAGGUCAAGAUGCCCAUCCUCGACCAGGUGGGCAAGCCGGUGACGCGCAUGGUGCGCAUCUCGGAGAAGUUUAUCCCCGACGACGACGAGGGCGAGGGCAGCGAUAAGAGUGGCGGUGGUGGCGGCAAGACGCUCAAGGCGGUACUCAAGGAGGACGGCUGGUACCGGCUCGACAACGGCGAGUGGUACGACCCCGGCGACGGCCUGUACUACGGCGCCAACGGCGACUCGUGGUAUGCCAAGCCCGGGCCGCAGCCGGACCUGUCCAUGUUCGACGUCGCCAUGCCGAGGCCGCGGAGGUCGGUCGAGAGGGAGAGGAAGCUGGUGGAGAUUGUCUUUUUGGACAAGCCGACCUUUUAG